AUGAAUUUUGCGGCACAGUUUAUCUACUCCAGGGUGUUAAAAAACAGAACUCCCAGGGACCGCUCCAGGGAAGAUGAAGAAUACGAUCCUUUCUGGCAAAGUUAUGCUGAGCAGCUGUUCUUGAAAAAGGAUGACAAUAAAAUCAACAAACAAGAUGCCCCGGCAAUUUGUGAUCUUCACCGUUGUAAGGAUGGGCCGGUACGAAAUGGCCACAUUGGACAGAGGCCACCCUCUAUCAACCCUGAAAGACUAAAAGAUUUUGUUGAAGAGGAUUACCUCAAUGGGGAUGUGAAGACUUGGGAAAUGAAGAUAGUCAGCCGUAACGAGGAGUUACUUGGAGAUGCCCUUUCCCUCAUUCCUCAGUCAAGCCACAACAAGCUGAUUCGAUUCGAAGAUAUAAGUGCAGCAGCUUUCAAAAUCCAGAGCAGUGUUCAGAAAACCCCCUGCAUGUACUCCAGGCUAUCCAAGCAGUAUGGAGUGGAUAUCUACCUAAAGAAAGAGUUCCUCCAGUACACAGGAUCUGUGAAGGAGCGAGGUGUACUUUAUCUUCUGACAUCAUUGCCUCAGGAUCAGCAAAGAAAGGGGGUGAUCGUGGCUUCAGAUGGUAACUUUUCCAUGGCUGUUGCUUUCCACGCCUCAGAGCUUUGUAUUCCAGUGUUUGUCAUCAUGUCAACCAGCACUUCCCCUGCCAGAGUGAAAAUGUGCCGUGAGUACGGUGCCAUGGUUAUAUCAUAUGGCACUACAGCUAAGGAUUCCCAGAUGCACGCAAGACGGUUGGCACAGGAGAAUGGCUACCUCUACCUCGAAGAGGAGGAUAGUGCUGUCUACCUGUCGGGCCUGGGAACUGUGGGACUGGAGAUGUACGAGCAGGUGCCAAAGCUGGACGCGGUGAUUUUCCCAGCAGGAGGCCACUGUGGUCUGCUGGCAGGGUCGGCUGCUGCACUCAAACACCUCAAUCCACAUAUUUCUGUAAUUGGUGUUGAAUCUGAAAGUUUCCCUGUAUUGCAACAAUCCUUAAAGGCUGGCCACCCAGCUGAAGACCAGGCUUGCAGCAAUCAUCACUUUUAUGGAGAUGUGAGUGGACUUUGCUUUGGCAGCAAUUCUUUGCAGCUGACUGGGAAACUUGUGGAUAAAGUUGUUGCUGUGAGAGAGGAGGACAUCCUCGUUUCCAUGCUGAGAUUGCUGGAGUAUGAGCGAGCCACGGUUGAUGCAGAAGGGGCCAUUGGACUUGCAGCAGUGGUUGCUGGGAAGCUGCCUGAGUUGAAGGGUAAAAGAGUGGCAAUUGCUAUAUGCAGUGGAAAUGUGGAGUUACAUUUGCUGCAGCAGUGCAUAGCUCGUGCCCUGACCCUUGAUAACAGAGUGUGCAGAUUUUCCCUUGUGCUUUCUGACUGCCCAGGAGACAUUUCAAAGCUAUUGGAGAUUCUGGCUCGGGAAGAAGCAAGAGCUUUGGAUAUCAAGCAAGAACGAAUGUUUGUGACGUCUGAGCUCUUCACUGUUGAGGUUACCUGCACUGUGGAGACCAGAGACAAAAUGCACACAGCCCAGCUGAGGAACGCGCUCCUGGAACGCUACCCAACAGCCACGUGGACAGAGCGGUGAUGAGCAAAGCACAAGGGAAGGGGCUGAGGUCCUUGGACAAGCAUUUUGCAGAGCACUAAUCGUGAGGCAUUCAGAACAAACGUUGUUUUUCAGGGCUGAACAUUAGCAAAUAGUUUCAGGAUAUUUAUUUCCUGCUCAAAAUGUAGCAAACAUCCUUGGGAAUAAAGUUGAACUUGAAACUUUAGCUUAGCUAAGGGAAAUUUCAUAGUCUCUGCCAGUGUUGGAAUUAUCAGCUGUUUCACUGGGUUUUGACUAGUGUGUAGAAUACGAUGACAUUCAGUAAAUAAACAGGGAGAAGUCAUAUUUUUUAUAUCUGAAUACAGGCCCCUCAAAGGGCUUUUGAUUUUGAUGCCCCUAGUUAAAUUAAUGCAGCUCCUGCUAGAUUUUGCCAUAUUACUAGUAUAGUCAUUUUUCAUUUCCAGGCCAGAAGCAGUUCAUUUGCUGAAUCUGCUUCAUGGGAUAUAUACAUGUGUGUGGGUGAACAUGGUUGCAUUUGCUAAGAACUUUGCUAUCAUGAGGAAAAAUUAUGCUAAUAAAUGCAAUUUAAAAGAAUCCUUUAGCAGAUAAAAGCUAAUACUGUAUUUUUUCCCCAAAGGAGAAAUGACCCUAUUUAUAAAGUAAGGUUCCGGAAAAUGUUGCAACAAUUAAAAAGGGGGAAAAAAAAAGGUUUGCAUGUGCAGAAUACAAAUGUAAUUCUUGCUCCUGCUUUUGGAGAUUCAGUGUAACAAUGAGCCCAUGAAACGGCUAUGUUCCUUUAUAAAAAGGGGUCUCUCACCCUUUUGAGUUUUCUAAUUGGAGUUUCACUGAUCAUCUUAGUCUGCCUAAAACAAACUCGAUCCAUCUCACCUGACAGAUUAAGUACAAUGUCAAGAGUGAAAUAUAUUUAAAGAUCACAAGUUACUAAGCAAAGACAGCUCAGGGAGAAGAGGAAGCCUGAGUCUUAGGCCAGUGGCUAAUGCAAUUAAGAAAGAACACAUUGACCUAUAUACCAUAUACCAGAUGGAGACCUACUAAUAAGGUAACAUUGUGGGAUGGCAAGAGAUGUAAGAGAAAUUCAAGCCCACCUAUAAAUGUGUGUUCAACAGUUGCUUUUCCACAUGGGCAAAAUUCAAUUUAAGGUUUUCUGUAACAGCACCAAUAUAAACUAUUCCAUUCAUUUAAAUUUCACCAGAUUUGACUGAAAUUUUGGGUGCAGGUAUUUUAAUGUGAAGUCUUAAUCCUGUCUCUAGAAUAUCAAGUUGAUAAUUAAGUAUAUAAAAUAGAUAUUGUAUGUUUAGCAGAGCUCAGCUCAAAAUCCAGCAAGGUCAGAGUAUCCUCACAGGCAGCGUGGGAUCAAAUCAAUCCGGUUCCCAUGAGCAGAGCUGGGUGAACUAUUUUUCAGUGUCCAUGAAAAUGAACUUUUACUAUAGCUUUUGGGGAGAAAGAUGCUGCAAGCCCGUAAUGACCUUCCCUUGUUGCCAUAUUACAACUGAUAAAUGGAGUUUUCUUCUUUAGUCCUCCCCUGUAGUGAAGCAUGCGCUUGUUAGGACAUUUCUUUUCCUAGUCCUGCAAUGUGGGAUUUCUGUCUCUAGAGCACAAACAAAAAGUCAUGUGGAAAACUGGAGGCCCUGGGGCAGGCAAAUGCUCUUUGUAUCCUCUCUCAAUUCUAGUCCAUCUGUCGGAUAGGAAGAACAUCAUCUAAAGAGUUACAGCAAUCUAAUCAGAGGGUCCCCAUGGACUACAAAGAACAAACUGCAUAUCCAGUCUUAUGCAUAUCUUACCUGUAUCAUGUCUAUUAUUUACAGAUAACCACCUAUAUUUAUAACCUAGCUUGUGCCUACAAGGUGGGAUGAUGAGGGCAGCAUCCUGGCUGUCUCUGUGGUAUUUCUUCUAAGAAGUAACAGGCUAUUUGUUUUUUCUUAUUGUGGCUCAGAAAGGAGCAGGAAUGGAGAAGAGACUCUCACAAAUGGUGGAUAAAUAAGAGAAGUUCACUGGUUUGGUAUAUUUUUGGAAGGAUCGUGUUGGUUUGCAAAUGAACGUAAAAAUUUAUCGAUACCCCAAUGGUUACUUUCUUUCCCUUCCUGCUAGCCACAGCAAUGAGUACAGGACUUGGUCACCAGAAUGUGCUGUAAAUCAGCCUGUCAGACACAACUCCUUUUUUUCAGUCACAGGAGUUUAAGAAAUUUGUAUAGAAAUACAUGAUGAUGGAACACAUAUUGAGUACUUGUUGCCUCCCUUGAAACAGUUAAUGAAUCACAUCAUCAAAGAGCAGAUUUGGGGAUGUAAAUAUAUAUAUAUAUAUAUAUAUAUACACACACACACACACACACAAAAGUAAGGGUGUAAUUACCCUCUCAUCUCUUUUGGCAAACCUUUCAGGAAAUUUUGAGAAUGUCUUGGAUAUUUACAUGAAAAGAAAGUCAGGCUUUAUAACCAAAGUUCUCAGUAGUGGCCAGCAGCCUUUGGCCUCUGAAUUCUUGAUUUAUUAUCAUGCAUUAUCCUGGAUUUCAUUUUUCUAGAAGCUCAGAGUAUUAGGGAUUUCAUUUCUAAUCAGAGGUAACUGCAUUUACCAGGUCUUCACGUAACAGGGAUUAGAGAGCUAAUAGAUUGAGCAUCCAAAAAUCAGUGUGCUCGAGAUCACCAUAUGAUCAAAAAUUUGUUUUCGAAAAAAAAAAAAUGAAAAUGAUUUGUUUAGUAUGUCACAUAUGACAUAUGCAGCUGGGUUUUAUUUUCAUUGUAUUAAGUAUAAAUAUAAACUAUAAAAUAUUAUUAAGUGGCAAACUCCUCAUAUAUUAAAAUAAUGAUACCAGAAGUGAUCUCCAUUCUGUACUGCUUUUAUGCAAGUCCAAUGGCUUUAGAGGUAAGACGAAAUACUUCUGGGGGGAAGGGGCAUUUAAAUGAAUGUAUAUGAUUGGAAAGAAUACUGAAAUAUCUGUGCUGCUAAACUUUUUGCAUUAUGAAAUAUAAUAGGAUUGUGGCAUUUUGAAGACAUACUUAUGUAUUUUAAAAUGUUUCAUUUAAAGAAAUAUUUUUAUAGAGUGUUCUUAUGUAUCUUGAAAAAACAACAACAAAUGAAUGAUUAUGUAAAAAUAUCUGCAAGUUGUUAAAUCAGCAAAAUUUAAAUCUAAGCAUUGUAUUUAUUUUAAAAAUAAUAAAAAUGACAUUAUGCUGCCUCAGCAAUGAAAGGUUUAUCAUCCUCUCAUAUGGUACUGGUAGCAACCUUGCAUUAAAAUUUCAGAGUUCAUUUUUUCCCUUUCUCUGUCGUUGACAUUGAUGCGAAAUCCACAGCUCUUGUGCAGGAUAAGCUCUGGGCUGCAGGGAGGUGACCCAGCAGGCCAGGAUUGUUCCUCUUGCCCUGCAGAGUAGCACAGGAGCCUGACAGACUGCUCGCCAGCAUGGCUGGAUAAGCAUUGCUCCUUGCUGGCUUGGAAAGCAUUUCUGCUUCACGUACUGGGCCAGGUGCAAAUACUGCCUUGCUUGUACCCAGCGGUAUUCCUGAGCAAUGUGUCUGGGUACAGUCUGGUACAGAGGUAUCCUGGGCUGGGCCUGUGUGGGUGAGUUAAGUCCUUAUCCUAUCCUAUCUUAGAGAUACUCAUCAUGAACAUUGUGAACUUUGGUAAACCAGGCCUUCAAUUGCAGGUUGCAGCAGAUUCCACCAGGUAAAAUACAUAUUCAUGCCUCCGAUGGAAGAGGCUGCUUUGACCCGGUUAAUUCUGCUAGAGGUAAGCCACUUAACUUUGGGAGCAGCUGUGAAUACAAGGUUUGCUAGGGCCUCAGCACAACUUCUUCCAAGGACUGAUGCAAACAAAGCAUAUCUUCUGUUGAAAGUAUCUCUUCCCACACUGAUUCCUAAUUUCUCAUCCAGGGCCUGUUAGCUCUGCAUUAACAUCUAAAAUGCUACCAGUACAUGUUUACGUAGCAUCAGGUACCGUUCAUCUCCCCAUACAGGUAGUGUGUCCUCACAAGUAGUGCCUUGCUAUUUAGCCUACUUUGGGAAGAUUUGGAAACACAUGUUCUUCCCUCCCAUGCCGCAAUGCAGUAAGUGCAGUUGACAUGCUGUAUCAAACUGUUGCUAGAUCCAGAGAUAGGCAUGUGGUUUAGUGGCCAGAAAAGGAAAUCAUAAGACUCUUGGGUUGGCCUUUAAUUAUUGCUGGUCAUUUAUUUGAUGGCCUUGUGUUUUUCUGUCACCUUCUUUGCUGUGUGUUUAACUGUAA